AUGCGAAUAGCCCUAGUAUGCUUCUUCUCUAACGCUAUAGUUUUGGUUUUACUUCUGCUGGUGGCCAUAGCUACUGCGGGGAAAACUGCACAUAAGAAGAGGGAUCCGGAUGUUGAUAAUAUGGAGGAGUCUACUGCAUUAACGGUGAAUGAUGAUGACGAUGAUGAUGGGAAGGGCCCGUGGAGUCGGCUGGAAGCUCAAUACCAUCUCUUCGUGAAAUUGCUCGAUAUUGCUAUACCCGUGAUGGCUAUGGUAUUUGGGGUUUGCUUUUUCAUUGAGAUGAACGUCCUUAUCGAUGCUAAGGACCAUGGAUCGAUGGCUGAUGUGGCUUACGUUCCCGUAUCCUCCAUUGGGAACAUCCUCCUUGCGGAGAAGGCAGCCGAAGCAGCCUGGGUACCACCCAAGACUGUUUCUCGUGAAACCGCAGCAGCGCAAACGCUGAUUGUUGCUCCGGGUCAUAAGGAGAGAGUUGCGUUGGCCAUGCCUACGGUUACGGGUGGCAAGAUUCAACUCAUUGUCAACCACUCCGCACUAGCAAAUGUUAUCAAGAACAAGUAUAGCAAGAAGGAGGCUGAUAUCACUCUGGAUCUUGGAACGUUGUUAUCGUUGAAUACGUCUGGUGCGUUGAUUGGGGAAGGCGGAGCGAAGCGAACAGAAUGGCCUUUGGGUCGAAAGGUGUUCAAGAUGAUCUUGGGCGGCUAG